AUGCGGGCGAAAAGGGCGGCCAUUGCCCUUUUCCUAGCUUGGCCGGCCAUAACACGGGCCGCGUCCCUCGUCUCUUUUCCGGGAAACACGGCCGCGAUUCCAUCGUGGGAACUGCAGUCUUCUGUGGAGGCCGGCACUGACCUCGAAGGUCUUUCACAAGUUGGGGUCGAUACAAAGUCAUGGCACCACAUCAAAACAUGGAGAUGUACGCUCAUGGGCUGCCUGAUCGAGGCCGGCGUCUACAAUGAAGAUCAACUCUUCUACUCGGAGAACCUGCGCAAAGUCAACGAGACGCAAUUCCUGGUGCCAUGGAUUUAUCGCAACGAGUUCUCCCUGCAUCCCGGCCCGGGCAGGCACUUCUUCCUGCAGACACACGGCAUCUCUUCGCGAGCCGACAUCUUUCUGAACGGCAAACGAGUGGCCAAUUCUUCGGAGCAGGCGGGUUCGUACGUUGGCCGGAUUUACGACAUCACCAAACAGGUUCACAGAGAAAAUGCGCUGGCAAUUCAGGUGUACCCGACCAACUACUACUACGACCUGGCGCUCGGAUGGGUGGAUUGGAACCCAUGGCCGGCCGACAACGGCACCGGCGUCUGGCGGGACGUCGAGAUCAAGCAGACCGGGGCGGUCAUGCUGGAGCCGUUGCGGGUUGUGACGCACUUGGGGCCGACGCUCGGAGAUGAGCCAGCAAACGUGACCCUCAAGGCCCAAGCACAUAACCUUGAAAACUACACCGUCACCAUCACGGCCACCGGCCACAUCGCCCUGGACCCCCACUCUGAUAACCAACAACACCAUCACCACCACCACCCUAUUACCUGGCACCGAACGUACACGCUCCCACCCCUUUCCACCACCGAGCUCGCCCUCUCCGCGACCAUUGCCGACCCCCAGAUCUGGUGGCCCCGCCAAUGGGGUGGUCAACCGCUCUACACCGCCGCCUUGACCGUCACCACGCGCGGCACCACCACGCCGUCCGACCGGUCCACGGCCACCUUCGGCCUGCGCACCGUCGAGGCGAGGCUGAACCCGACCUACAACGACACCACCUUCCACGUCAACUCGCGCCCCUUCCAGGUCCUGGGCGCCGGCUACUCCCCCAACGUCUUCCUCCGCGCGCCGCCACGGACCGCCGCGGCCGACUACACGGCCACGCUCCAGUACGUACUCGACCUGGGCCUGAACACGAUCCGGCUCGAGGGCAAGGACGAGCACUCGGAACUGUACGCGGCGGCGGACCGGCUGGGCGUCAUGAUCCUUGCCGGCUGGGAGUGCUGCGACAAGUGGGAGGCGUGGAGCUACAACGGCGACCUGGCCAUCGACCCGGUGCCGGUCUGGGACGACGCCGACUACGCCGUCGCGCGUGCCGCCAUGGCCCACGAGGCCCGCAUGCUCCAGCCCCAUCCCAGCCUGCUGGGCUUCCUCAUCGGCAGCGACUUCUGGCCCGACGACCGCGCCACCGCCGCCUACCUCGAUGCCCUGGAAGCCGCCGACUGGGCCGCCCCCGUGCUGGCCUCGGCCUCGAAGCGCGGGUACCCCGAGCGGACCGGUCCGGGAGGGCUCAAGAUGGACGGGCCGUACGACUGGGUGCCACCGGGGUACUGGUGGGACACGGAGCCGACCGGGGAGAGGCUCGGAGCCGCGUUCGGUUUUGGGUCCGAGCUGGGCGCGGGCGUGGGCACGCCGGAGCUGGGGUCGCUGAGGCGGUUCCUGAGCGAGGGGGACCUGGAGGCCCUGUGGAAGCGGCCGAACGUGAGCCUAUUCCACAUGUCGAGGGAGACCUCCCAAUUUACGACGAGGGUGAUCUACAACGCCGGGCUCUGGAACCGGUGGGGCGCCCCCGCGAGCCUGGAAGACUACCUGAUGAAGGCGCAGCUGAUGGACUACGAGGCCACGCGGGCUCAGUUCGACGCCUACACGGCCAUGUGGAACGCCGAGAGGCCGGCCACGGGCCUGAUAUACUGGAUGCUCAACAACGCCUGGCCGAGCCUGCACUGGAACCUGUGGGACUACUACAUGCGUCCUGCCGGUAGUUACUUUGGGGCAAAGGCCGGCAGCAGGGUGGAAAAUGUCGUGUUUGACUACGUCAGGAGGGCGGUCUGGCUGGUCAACCGGUCCCUGGACAAGAGCGGGACGAGGAGAGUGCAGGUGGACGUCAUGGAUAAGCAUGGUAAAGUCCUAUACAAGGACACGACCGUCACCACGACUGUUCCAAACACGAGCAAGGACAUUCUUUCACUAGCGGGACCUCUGGGCAACAUCACCGACGUGGUGUUUUUGCGGCUGGUUCUCUACGAUGCACAACGGCAAGGGCAUGCGCUGAGUCGAAACGUGUACUGGGUUGCGAAGGAGCCAGAUGUGCUGGACUGGGACGAGUCGGAUUGGUACUUCACGCCGGUGACCAGCUACUCGGACUACACUGCACUAAACAACAUGGCUCAGGCAGACGUCACGGUUCACAAUGUCUGGCACGGCUCAGGGGUUGACAUGACGCUGGAGAACAAAUCUAAGGUGCCAGCGUUCUUUGUCAGCUUGACGCUGGUGGAUGUACACGGGAACGAGGUCCUGCCGGUGACGUGGGAGGACAACUAUGUCACCCUAUGGCCGGGUGAGAAAUUGACACUUCGGGGAAGGUCAAUGGGGGUAGAUGCAAAGCCGUGGGAGGUCAUUGUGAGAGGAAAGAACGUUGAAGCAAAGAGAGUCCGUCACCGGUGGCAUGUAUGA